AUAUCCCAUACCCGAAGGCACUCGAAGUGACAAUUGCCUGAUUAGAAGUGAGACGUGUUAUCCAUUAGGCCACAGGUACCUUUUGUUUCAGUCGAUCGUAGAAGAAAAUACUCAUCAUCUUCAAAGCAAAAUAAGUCCUAAACAACUCAAUAAGUUGUGAGUAAUCAUUGCACUUGAGCAGCAACAAACAAUCAAAAUGGCACAGCAAGAGCAGGUUGUAGAAGAAAAGAGGUCAUUGGUUAGAAUAUUGACUCUGAACAGGCCUAGGCAAUUGAAUGCCCUUUCAUUCGAGAUGAUUUCUCGGCUAUUGGAACUUUUACUGCGUUAUGAGAAUGAUUCUAGUGUCAAGCUUAUCAUUGUCAAGGGAAAAGGUAGAGCAUUUUGUGCCGGUGGUGAUGUUGCCGCAGUCGUUCGUGACAUUAAUCAAAGUGGAUGGAGAUCAGGUGCAAAUUUCUUUUACAAGGAAUUCUUCUUAAAUUUCUUGAUGGCAACAUUCACUAAACCCCAGGUUUCAUUUCUAAACGGAAUUGUCAUGGGAGGUGGGGCUGGUGCUUCAAUACAUGGUAAAUUCCGUGUUGCAACUGAGAAUUCAGUCUUUGCAAUGCCAGAAACAGCUUUAGGACUCUUCCCAGAUGUUGGUGCCUCUUACUUCCUGUCAAGACUACCAGGUUUCUUUGGAGAAUAUGUCGGUCUUACUGGUGCAAGGUUGGAUGGUGCUGAAAUGCUUGCAUGUGGCCUUGCAACUCACUUUGUUCCCUCAUCAAGAUUAUCUUCUUUGGAAGAAGCAUUGUGCAAGAUAGAUUCAAGUGAUCCGACAGUCAUUUCAGAGAUUAUUGAUAAAUAUACUCAGCAACCGUAUUUGAAAGACCAUAGUGCUUAUCAUCGGAUGGAUGUUAUUGAUAAGUGCUUUUCUCGAAGAACAGUUGAGGAAAUUUUAUCUUCCCUGGAGAGGGUAGGCAUAGAUGAGGCAGACGCAUGGAUAUCCGACACGGUUCAGACGCUGAAGAAGGCUUCACCAACUAGUCUUAAAAUUUCUCUCAGAUCGAUUAGAGAAGGAAGGCUCCAAGGUGUUGGUCAAUGCCUUGUUCGUGAGUAUAGAAUGGUUUGUCAUGUCAUGAGGGGAGAAAUUAGCAAGGACUUUUUGGAGGGUUGCAGAGCUAUACUAUUAGACAAGGAUAAGAACCCGAAGUGGCAGCCAUCUAAGUUGGAGCUUGUCAGUGACAGUAUGGUUGACCAGUACUUCUCCCCAGUGAAUGAUGAAGAGUGGGAAGAUCUAAAGCUUCCUGCUAGGUUUAACUUGCCUGCUUCUGCCAUUGCAAAACUUUAAAAGCAUUCCUGAGAAAAUAGUGUUGCAGUUAUUUCAAUCAAACUUGUACCUUCAUCAGAAUUCUGCAGGGUAUUUAUGAACAGGCCAGAAAAAUAAGUUUGCUGAGUUCUAUAGCACUGAACAUAUAUGAAGUGAAGGGGAUAAAAUAUAGUGUAAAUUACAGUUAAAUAAAGAGAGAUGAUAAUUAGAUAUUAUCAUUGCUCGUGAUAUCUUUCCUUGAGAGAGAUGAGAUAAUCCUGCCGCUUCUUAAUUUGUUAGGUAGGAAAUUUUAAUGUUUAAAGAUUAAAGCUACUGGCUACUUUCUCGCCCAUUACGUUAAUUGUCAUAUGCUCCUAUGUGUUCACGGAUUGCUUCAUUUGGCAUUUGUUGAUGAUUUCAUUAGGUUGAUUUUGGGUGGGACUUAGUAUUCGUGCCGUCACAUGAUGGAAGUAUUGUCCAACAAUAACAUGGACUGAUUCUGCAUAUGUCAUCUGGCUAUGUUCCAGCCAUGGAUAUGAGUUUGAGAGAACUGAAGCAAAGGCUGAUUGCAGGACAUUGGGACGUUCCAACUCCCAUGCAAAAUAAUUUGAUUAUUCAUUUAUAAGAUGGUAAUUGAGUUUUAGCAUUAUAUGGUGUUUUGUAGUCAAUUUAUAAAUAAGCGAGGCAACCUACUCUAGACAUCAUUGUAUGGUCACAAAAGCAAUAACCUUUAGGAUUGUUGUUUUGGUGGUUCAACUAAGAUUCUGGUUGCCAUACUCAGCUCAUUUGUUUCUGAGCAUCUUAAUAUAGGCUGCCUUGCACACUGU